AGGCGCAACACAAGUGAUAGCGAUGGGGAGAGAGGCUCUUUUGUGUCUUCUGCAGCCGGAUAUUAGAAUGGGAGGAUUUGCAGAGAGAAAUCUCAAAUCAAACAUCAUGUCAAGAUCUGACAGUCGCUCGAUUCAUCAGGACCUGAAUAUCAUUGGCCAUUGAAUGUGGAAGGAGAAAUGUUUGUCUGUUCUGUCUGUUGGAAAAGAUUUCAAACAUCAGUGUGACUGGAAAAGUACAGAGACACACACUCGCACCUGAGUGAGAGUGUCCCACUGCAUGGACUGUGGGAAGAGCUUUAGACCAUAAGACAUCGGAGCAGAAAUUAGGCCAUUUGGCCCAUCGAGUCUGCUCUGCCAUUCAAUCAUAGCUGAUAAGUUUCUUAACCCCAUUCUCCCGCCUUCUCCCCGUAACCUUUGAUCCCCUUACCAAUCAAGAACCUUUAACCAGUUACACAGCCUGAAAAAAAAUCACACCAUUCAUAGCGGGGAGAAAAUGUGCAUAUGUUGUGUGUGUGGACGAGGCUUCCAUUGAUCAUUCAACCUAGAGAGACACGAGGACACUGGCACCAUGGAGAAACCGUGGAAAUGUGGCGACUGUGGGAAGGGCUUCAGAUCCCCGUCUGUGCUGGAAAUUCAUCGACGCAGUCACACUGGGGAGAGACCGUUCACCUGCUCCAUAUGUGGGAAGGGAUUCACUCAGUCAUCCAGCUUACAAAAACACCAGAGAACUCACACUGGGGAGAAACCAUUCACCUGCUCUGAGUGUGGGAAGGGAUUCAGUCAACUAACCGACCUCACGUCACACCAUCUUAUUCAUUCUGACAUGAGACCUUUUAAAUGUGCUGACUGUGAGAAGAGCUUUAAAAGCAAAAAGGUUUUGCUGAUGCACCAACAAAUUCACACUAAGGAGAGGCCGUUCAUCUGCUCUGUGUGUGGGAAGGGAUUCACUCAGUCAUCCAGCCUGCUGAAACACCAGAGAACUCACACUGGGGAGAGACCAUUCACCUGCUCCGAGUGUGGGAAAGGAUUCACCAUUUCAGCCCACCUGCUGAGACACCAGCGAGUGCACUCUGACAUGAGACCUUUUAAAUGUUCCGACUGUGAGAAGAGCUUUAAAGGCAAAUUAGAUCUGCAGAUUCACCAGCGCACUCACACUGGAGAGAGGCCAUUCACCUGCUCCAUCUGUGGGAAGGAUUCACUCAGUCAUCUACCCUGCUGA